AUGCACAAUUUUACUGAUGGCUUCACAGCACAAUAUAAAUCAAGACACUGUGUUGGUAAUCUGUCUUUCUCUCUUGCUAAUUUUGGAUAUACCAUUCAAAGAAAUUACUUUGAAACCUCUCAUGCAAAAGGAGAGCAAGAUGCAGCUGGCUCAAAUAUAAAACAGAAGAUCAGCCAAGUAGUUCUCUACAGGACUACCACCAUCAACAGUGCUAAGGCCAUGUAUGAAUACCUGGAGGCCAACUUCACACAGCCUGCUUCAAAUGCAGUUCACUUAAAACAAAGAGUCUUCUUCUAUGUACCAUCUGAAGGGGAAGAGGCUGUCUCGAGAAAUAGAGAUGGAAGAAAAUUUUAA